AUGGAAAGUUUUGUUUCAGAAAAUUGGGAAAUCCUAAAAGCUCUUAGAGAAAAUGUUUUUAUUGUAGAAAAUAAAAACAAUAUUUUAAUAAAUGGUAAUAGUUUUAAAAAAUGUAUCUUAAAAAAGGUAAUUAUUAUAGUAGAAACAAAUGUUAAAUCAACAAAGGAGGGUAUUAUUUUAAAUGAUGUUUUAACAGAUUCAAGUAAAAUAGUAAAACUAUAUGGUGUUCAAAAAGAUGGUGAUUAUACAUGUCUUUUCAUCCAAUAUAUAGAGGGCUCUACUUUGCAAGAGUACAUAGAAAGGAACCAUCCAUUAUCAAAUGAAACAAUAGGAAGUAUUACAACAGAGCUAUUGCAAUUAUUAAAUUAUAUUCAUUCAAAAGAGGUCAUUCAUAGGGAUCUAAGUCCAUCGAAUAUUAUCUACGAUGAAAAUGAAAAGAAAUGGAAAUUAUUAGACUUUGGUUUAUCAUUUUAUUUUAGUGGAAAAGAGGAAGGAUCAAAAAACUAUUCUUUAGUUGGCACACCUGGUUUGUUUUCACCAGAAACAUUUGGUAGAAAAGCUGGGUCAAGAAAAUCUGAUGUUUGGCAAUUCGGAUGUUUGGUCAUAUUGUUGCUGGGUGGUAAGCUUAAACCAAUUCAUCCAGAUGAAGCUGAGGGCAUAAGGGAUAAAGAUUUAAUACCGGAUAUACCAGAGAAUGCACACAAGCUAUGCAGAAACUUUAUUAAAAAGUGUUUUAUAUAUGACCCAUAUAUAAGAUUUGAUUCAAAUUUUUUAAACAGCCACCCCUUUAUUACUUAUCAAAAAGAAAAAAAAAAUUGUUUACAAAUAUUAUCAAGAGAUCAUAGAUUAUGGGUAGAGGCAACCCAAAAGAAAAAAGGAAUUGAAAAUGCAGAUAAAACAUUUUUUUUUAAUGGUGAUCAGGAAUUAAAAGUAGAUACCAUACCAGAAGGUACAGUACAUUUAAUAUUCGGUAAUGAUUUUAAUGGAAUCAUCCCAGAUGGAGCAAUACCCCAAACUGUUAAAAUUGUAGAUUUUGGUACAGAUGGUAAGAGUAUAUUUAACCAAAUCUUGACCCGUGAUAACUUCCCAAGAGGUGUAGAGUCAUUAACAUUAGGUAACCACUUUGAACAUGAUAUACCUGUCUGGCCAAAUAAAAUCAAAUAUCUUUCAGUAGGAACAAAAAGAAAUCAAAUCAAAGGUUUGUGUUCAAAAAUAGAAACACUAAAGUAUUAUGGAACUCUUAAAGAACCUUUAAUCCCAAAGAAUAUUCCAUCCCAAGUAUUUAAUCUACUCAUGCCAUUAUGUAAUGGACCAAUUAAAGAAGGAACCAUACCCGAUAAAGUAAACUUUUUUGCAUGGGGCUCCCUCAAUGAAGAGGAUAUAGAAACCUUAAUGUACCUCCCCAAAUCAAUAGAUGACCUUCAAUUCUUAUGCCCCAAAGAAGUAUUUGAAAAACUUGAAAAAAAACAUAUUCCUAAAAAUGUUAGUAUACUUUUAAUCAAUGGUAAACUAAUUGAUCUAGAUGGAGAAGAUUCACUAUUACAUAAAAAUAUAAUUUGUUAACCCCUAUAUAUAAUUUUUAAACCAAAUACAAUAAAAAUAAAAAACUGAUUUUAAAACAAAU